GAAAAAGAAGUAAUAAAAGUGACGUUUAUUAGAGUGCAAUAAUUAGAGAUACAUGAAGAAGAGAGAGAAGCCGACUUAGACCGAGUCCAAGAAACAGAGUAGUGAGUCAAAAACGUGCGCGUUUCUCACACUUGUUCCCUUCUCCUUCCUCGUAACCCUUCACUCCACUAUACAUACACCAUUUCUGAACUCUUCAGAUUAACAACAACAAAGACAAAAAAAACAGAGACUUUUAAAUAUUUAACAACAAGAAGAAAUAAAAACAGAGACUUUUAGAGACGACGACGACUACCAAAAAAAAAACGAGACUUUGCAAUUUGGAAACUAUGUUCAAUUCAGAUAAAGAUCUCUCUGUUGUUGUGAUCCGUGAUGUCUGGGCUCAUAAUCUUGAAUCGGAGUUCGAGCUAAUCAGCGGGAUCGUCGAGGACUACCCAUUCAUCUCCAUGGAUACAGAGUUUCCCGGCGUGAUUUUCAAGGCGGAUCUCGCCGUACUCCGCCGUGGAAACCCGAAUUAUCUCUACAACCUUCUCAAAUCCAACGUCGACGCUCUCAGCCUUAUCCAAGUCGGCCUAACCCUCUCCGACGCCGACGGGAACCUCCCUGAUCUCGGCCAAAAAAGCCGUCGCUUCAUUUGGGAAUUCAAUUUCCGUGACUUCGACGUGGAGCGUGACCCACACGCGCCAGAUUCGAUCGAGCUGCUCCGUCGUCACGGUAUCGAUUUCGAUCGCAACCGCCGCGAAGGUGUCGGAUCUGAGAGGUUCGCGGAGCUGAUGAUGUCUUCCGGACUGAUCUGUAACGAGUCGGUGAGCUGGGUGACGUUUCACAGCGCGUACGAUUUCGGUUACCUAGUGAAGAUACUCACGCGCCGGGAGCUUCCGAGCGCGUUGCGAGAGUUCUUGGGGCUGCUCAGAGCUUUCUUCGGCGAGAGGGUUUACGAUGUGAAACACAUCAUGAGGUUUUGUGAGCAGAGGAAACUCUACGGUGGUUUGGACCGGGUGGCUCAGUCGCUCGAUGUUAACCGGGCGGUUGGGAAAUGUCAUCAGGCCGGUUCGGAUAGUUUGCUGACGUGGCAGGCGUUUCAGAGGAUGAGAGAUUUGUACUUCGUCGAGGAUGGGGCGGAGAAACACGCCGGAGUUUUGUUUGGUUUAGAGGCUUUUUGAGUUUUAUUUAUUUGUUUAUUUAAUUAAUUAACUCAAUUAAUUAUUGUU